AUGAUUGAAUACCACCCUGGUAAGGCCAACGUAGUGGCCGGUGCACUGAGCCAUAGGUCUGUGACGAAUUUGAGGACAAUGUUUGCUCGCCUUAGUUUAUUUGAUGAUGGAAGUUUUUUGGCUGAGCUACAGAUUUUUGUACCAAAUGAUGAGGAUUUGAGACAAUCGAUUCUGAUGGAAGCGCAUAGUAUCCCUUAUGCUAUGCAUCCCAGCGGAAAUAAAAUGUACCGAGAUCACCGAGAUUUAUACUGGUGGCCAGGGUUGAAGCAUGAGGUCACUGAUUUCGUUACUCGCUAUUUGACUUGUCAGCGGGUUAAAGCUGAGCAUCAGUUACCUUCUAGUUUGCUACAGUCGGUUAAGAUACCAUGUGGAAAUGGGAGCGAGUAA